CUUUAUUCCAUUAAGCACAGAGACAGGGACCUUGUAGCUUCAGUCUUAUGAUUGUGCUUUGACUCUGAACUCUUCAUUGUUGCCAUGAGAAGGCUUUUAAUCCUGGCAGCACUGUGCCAGGGGCUGUUCGCCUCCAACUCUCCAACCUGCAACAAUUAUACAGCACAGGCCUCUGUUGAUGAAGCCGUGUACCUCAUUAACAGACUACACCAUCAUGGAUACAAGUUUAAAUUGGACAGCUUUAAUAUGGACCCGAGUCCUCCAAGUCUGCCUUUAUGUCAAACUAAAUUGACCUUGACGUUAAUUGAGACUACAUGCCAUAUUGUGAACCCCAUGCCUUAUGAUGAAUGUGAGGUCAGGACGGAAGCCCAGACGCCUGUAACAGCAAAAUGCAAUGUCUCUUUGUGUGAUGGUGGAGGUAAACCAGGCAUUGCGAAAUUAAACUGUGAUACUGAGCCAGCUUCAAGUAGGGAACUAGUACGACACUGCCCUGAUUGCCCGACUCUUCUGCCCUUGCAUGAUCCUCGAGGUUUGGAGAGUGUAAAAGCUGCUGUUGAAAUGUUCAACAAUGAGUCUAACCAAACCUCAUACUUCACCCUUUUUGAAGUAGGCAGACUGAGAACCCAGUAUAACAUGAUGUUUGGAAUGAGCUACUUUGCUGAGUUUGCCAUAAUAGAGACAGAGUGUUCGGAGAAAGUGAAAACUGAGGAAAAACCUGCAUGCAAGCAAAAAUGUUCUGAUGUACAAUUUGGAUUCUGCACAUCUACAAAACUUGGAAAUGGUAACUUAUUUGUAAACUGUGAUAUUUAUCCUGCCCAGAACAUAACACAGCAUCCAUUCAAAAGAAGAAAGCACUGUCGGCACCAUGAAAAACACCCACACCAUCCAGGGCACCAUGAGAGAGGAGAACAUGAUCACCCAGGGCACCAUGAGCGAGGAAAACAUAAUCACUCAAGGCACCAUGAGCGAGGAGAACAUGAUACACGUCCGGGACUCCCCAUACGCCCUGGUCAGCAUGGGCAUUCAGAGCACGCCACCCCCCCAGGCCAUUCAAUCUGCUUUUCUCUUUCACCUAGCGGCUCUGCCGGGUCUUUUCCUCCACAUCACAGAGGUCCUCCUCAUCAUGGAGGCCCUCCUCAUCAUGGAGGCCCUCCUCAUCAUGGGGGGCCUCCUCAUCAAGGGCAUGAUCAUAAGAAAAAUGACCAUAAGAAACCUCAAUCACCAAAGCAAGGGGUUCCAGAAGACCAACCAAAGCCUCCAGAAUCUGAGGAACUUCUAGAUUUUACUUUCCCACAUUGUCAUGGUGCUGUGAAAAUACCACCCUCUAUUCAUCCCAUCUGUCCAUUUCCACCAUUAUUUCUCAGGAGGGAUCAUCAUUAAAGUUGAACUUUGAAAAGGAUUUUUUCUUUCAUAUAAUCUGAAGUAGAAAUCAUAAUUAAACAAACAAAAACAGUUCAAUAAAAAAAAUGUAAGCUACAAAAGUUACACAAAGUGGUUUUGUUCAACAAAUGAAAUCACAUUUGCAAUAAACCCUCUAUUUUACCAUGCAA